AUGUCUCCGCGGGACUCCAGCUCCUCCAGUGGAACACAGCGGUUCACAUUUGUGACGGGGAACAUCCAUUCGGAAGCUCGGAGCCAUGCUAUGAAGGAACACUGGAAGCGGCGACAUCAGCGCAAUCAAGAGGCGAAAGCAUACUACCAAAGAAGAACAUCGCGAAAUUUGUCUCUCCGUUCGAAGAACCAUUUUAAUGAAUAUGUUUCGCCAUCAGAAGAUGCGAGUAGCUCUUCAGGGUUGCCAGAGGUUGGCCACAUGGACAUGAUCAGGAAUCAAGAGAAAUAUCCCAGCAUUCCCGCCCAACUGUUGUCUGGAGUGAGUAGUGCGCUGUCGAGCUCGAGGCCUGACCCGUUUCAGACGUGUCCUAUUCACUUGACAAGCCAGCACCAGAAACUUUUGCACCACUGGAUUGGAACCCAUGCGGCUAUGAUGUUUGAAGACCUGGAUGUCACCGCGUUUAAUCCGAUGAAGGAUGUUUGGUUCCCGCUGGACCUUUCGAAUGCUUCGUCUUUCAACUGCAUCAUGGCGCAUUCAGCUGCGCACUUGUAUCAUCUAUACGCUGGCACUCCCGCGCGACGAGGAUCGAUAUCUUCUGAUGCCUUGAAAUAUAAGAUCGAGGCUGUCAGGAUACUACGCCUUUGGCUUGGUGAUCCAGAGAAGGAGCUAAGUGAUGAUUCUUUUGCGGCUGUUGUUCGUCUGCUCACGUUUGAGCGAUACUGGGGUACAGUCGAAGACUGGAAAAUCCACCGUGAUGGCUUACAAAGAAUGAUCGAUGCCAAAGGUGGAGUUGAAGCGCUCCACGAGAACUGGCGCUUGCAACUUGUAGUUUACCUGUCGUGUCUCGUUAAUGUCGCGACCAUCAUGGCUCGAGUCCACGAACAACCUCGACCGAAUCUCUCGUCCUUUUUUCUCGCCCUGCGCUAUCCAAAAAACCCCAUCUUGCGAUGUCCAAAAGGUCCGCUGCCUUUGGUUGAUAUCAUUCAUUCAAGACAUGAGAACGUUCAUGGGAUCAUUUUACACUAG